AUGCCAAGCGAGAUAUGGUCUACUCCCGCAGGAGUUCAAUCAACCAGCUGGACAUUGGAUGUCAGCCCUGCAGACGGUGGCCUCUCGAGUGACACUCUCGGUCCUUUUGCGCCAGCCACUGCAUUCUCGGAUUCCAAAUUCUACAGCUUUGGGGGAAAUGUCUUCAAGCCCGACGCCUUGCCGAAUAUGACAGUUCUUUCUGGUCUGGUGACGCAGGACCUAGAAUCAGACAGAUGGGAAAAUUUCACUGCCAGCGUUCCGGCCCAGAGUCCCUACCGAACUCAGGCGAAGGCGUUAAUCGUCCCAAACUUCGGUGAACAAGGAUACUUCGUUGUCGUCGGAGGUGAAAACCCCCCCACAGAGGAGUCUUUCUACGAGCUAGGCACCUUCAUGGCCGACAUGUCUGUCAUCACGAUGUACGACAUCGCUUCAGGUACCUGGUAUAGCCAAAAAACGACUGGCGAUAUUCCACCACCACGAUCAGAGUUCUGUAUAGUAGGCGCGGCUAGCAGUGAUGGUUCAAGCUUCGAAAUGUUUGUUUAUGGCGGUUCUACCAAUUCUACAUACGACCUGGCUCAUCCCGGAGAAGACGGUUAUCUGAGCGUUUAUGCGUUGUCUUUCCCUGGCUUCCAAUGGUUCAAGACGACGUCGAAGACGACGAAGAGGAGAGCCUGCCACACUUGUAGCGUCGUUGGAAAGCGGCAGUUUAUAUCCAUUGGUGGGAGGCAACCCAGCUCACGUCAGGCCUUUGGACAGGAGCCAGAUCCCUGGGUGAGCGGGAUUGGCAUAUUCGACAUGACUGAAUUCGCCUGGGCAGACACCUACACGGCAGAUGCUGCAGCGUACGAGUCACCUGAGGUAGUUAAAGACUACUAUGCUGCAAGCUACAAAGAACCAGAAUGGAGCGAUAAUUCACUGGCCGCUGCUUUUGCUUUCACUCCACCACCCUCAAGCACCACGACUGGUGGAUCAUCUAGUCCAACCGGAUCGAACUCUGCGCCGACUUCCGGAUCGACGGAAAGCGAAAGUAAAAGGAGCAAUACCGGACCCAUCGCGGGCGGUGUUGUAGGUGGAGUUGCAGGCCUUGCCGUCAUUGUUGGACUAGGCUACUGGCUCGGACGCCGGCGAAGAGUACAAAUUGAACCAUCUCCUCCAGCUGAAGCUGGCAGUAGCCAAGACUUUAAAGCGCCACCGGUAUAUGGAUCAGUGGCAUCAAUGCCUCUAAGUCUUGGUCCUCAAUCAAAUAGCGCUGUCUACGAGGCUCCAACCAGCAAGCCUAGGGCUGAGCUCGCGUCCGCUCCACAGAAAUACGAAUCACACUUCGUCGAGUUACCUGUCGAUGCUCGCAACUGA